GCGCCAUGACGGAGCUGCACCAGGCGGCCGCGGCGGGACGCUGCGAGGAGGUCGAGCAGUUCCUCAGGGAGAACAAGUGCAGCCCCAACGAGAAGGACGUGGACUGGGGCAACAAGACGCCCCUCCACUGGGCGGCGGCCAAAGGACAUACAGAAAUCGUCUGCGUCCUCCUGGAGCACGGGGCCAGGCCGAGCCUGAGGACGGAGCACGGAUGGACGGCCGCCCACUACGCUGCUGAAUCCGGUCACCUGGCCGUCCUGCGACUGCUGCACCACUUCCACGCCCCCGUGGACAAGGAGGACAGCUGCGGGGACAAACCCGCCAGGGUCGCCCAAAUAUACGGCCACCACGACUGUGUCCAGUUUCUCAAAAAAGCCGAGCUGGAGUGUCGGGAGUACCGCAACACGGCGGCUCGGGAAGGUCUUUCUCUGGACGACACGGACGACGAGUGGGACGGAAAAGGCAAAUAAAGUGAGAAAAACGGGACUUGAAAAGGCAAAAAUACAAUUUAGGCUUCACAUGUAUUUUUUUUUCUUCCCAAAAGCCUCAAGUGACGACGCGGAGGUCGCUGGCGCCGUUUCCUUUGCCGAGAUUGCAACCAAAGCAAUGUUAUAAUCUCCUACAUCAUCCAAUGGUGUCAUGUAAACUUGUUGGUUGUUCUAAUCUGCUGCUGCUACUACCGCUGCUACUAAAUAUUUAAUCACUUUUCCAACUGUUGAUC